CGAUCUGUUAUACUUGUACGGUUCCACCUCAUUAGUAUUUCCAUUGGCCGGGCGUCUAUUAUGUCUCGAUGUUUGUAUUCCCAUUUUUAUCCCGAUCAUCCCAGAGACUCUCAUACGUAUGCUAAUAUUACAUACCAGGUAUGGACGUCCAUAUCUAACGCCAUUACUGUCCAUUUAAUUCCUUUGAGAGAUACGGACAACUUUUUUAUGCGAGAGUAUUAAACAUACCGCGAGUAAAUGUUUUUAAAAAUAAAAUACGAUUAAAUAAAUUAACGCCAAAAAACGAUGAAUUGUUGUUAACUAGGUAAACAAUUAUCGUCAGACUUCUAAUCACUGAUUUAAAUUGACUAAAUUUCAUUAUAUAAUAUACAUAAACAAUUUUGUGUAAGUUAAUCUAUAAAUAAACAUUACAAUAUUUCUGAAAAUUAGUCUAAUAUGUCAUUUUCUAUGACUAUCUAUACAAAAAUUAGUUUUUGUAUUUUCGUGUCUCCUCCUUAUGAUUUUCUACCUUUUUAUAUCCAUAAUAGUCAAGUACUCUAUUAACAAUACUGUAGUCGCGAUAUUUUGAGCAAGGCCUACAUAAUAUUUGAUACACUCCUCUCUUCACCUGGUUCCGAUAAACUGAGAACCCCUGACACGGAACACCUGAAUACUUAAUAAACGGAUAAAAUUAACAUUAAUAACGACUGUCUGUGGCUGAUCCACAUCUUAUCCGAGGACAAACGUGGCCGCUAGACCCACGUGAUAAACGUCUUAGGAUACUUUCUCGAGAAGGGCGAGUCGUCAGUUUUUUCACGUCGUUUCUCUUCGGCGCGUCGAUGGGUGACAUCGGGGUUGACGAGGACGUGCCGUUCGUUGUGCUUAAUCGGGUGUCCGGAAUGGAGCAAAAUUCGGAGGAAUAUCGCACCGAACCGAGGAAGAACGAGUCCGAAAAUGAGAGCAAUGACGAAGAUUACGCGCGUUCGCCGGUGCUAUUAGAUCUAGACGAGAACUCGAAACAACAGCAACAAAAGGCAGCCUGUCGGGAGGCAAACUCGCCAAGUUCCGUGAAUCAACAGAAUCAAGGAUUGGCACCAGGUAUGCAUAGAAGGUAUCUCGAGCUUGUACUUCAAAAUACAAAGAAAGUAUGGCAAGAAACGAGCUUCGAGACGGCGCGCGGCCAGCAAAAUCCCGAAGGAGUGCUCGUGAUUAGAGUACCGGAACCGGAAAUAAUCGGCAGCCAUCCGCAUCUCGAGAUGCUCCACGAGGCCAACAUUAAAUCAGUGCAACGGGAGCCGUCGCAGAUUGAGAAAGACUACAAGAAGUCGGCCUGCGAUCGCGAACGGACCCGAAUGCGCGACAUGAACCGCGCAUUUGAGCUACUGCGUUCGAAGCUGCCGAUAUGUAAGCCGCCCGGCAAGAAACUCUCGAAGAUCGAAUCGCUGCGCCACGCCAUCACAUACAUCAGGCAUCUGCAGAGUUUACUGGAGCCGCAAUACAAUUAUGUACCUGGCGUGCCCGAUCGCGCCGGCGGCUACUACACGGCCCCGCCGGGUCCGCCGACGUCUUUCGAGGUGCAACAUCCGGCUGCAGCCCGAUGGGAGUCCCUGGCUUAUUAUCGUUACGAUUAUCACGCGCCCUUCGCCACCCCAUCGCCACCGACCUUGGUACCGCCUCUGCAGCCGAGAUUACCGGUUGAUCAAGACGACCGACAAUUCUCUUACGAACCACGUCAUUAACUUAUCGAUGCGAAAUCAAACCCCAUAAAAAAUUGACGAAUUAAA